UUUCUCUCUCCCUCUCUCACAUACACGCUCUCUCUUGCUCACUCACGCCCUGCUCCUUGCUCCUCCGCUUUCUGCCUUUUCUCUCUCCUCUUUCCGGAUCUCUGCGUCUUUGUUCGGCUCUUUUGAGCUCUGCCCGGGAUGUGGAUGUGUAAGGAUGGGUGGAUUUCUCUCUGGAAGACUGCGCUGAUGCUGCACUGAGCCCUGUCUCGCUUUUUCCCCCAUCCUUCCCUUCGUCCCUCCCUCUCUCUCGCUUUCUGCAAAAGCUCACGUUAAGGUGUGUCGUGGCCCCUGGCCCCCUCCGUGGAUGUCUGUCACCAUGGCGAAGCGAGAGACGGGCAGCACAAGUCCAGUGGUGCGGCAAAUAGACAAACAGUUCCUGGUCUGCAGCAUCUGCCUCGAUCACUACCACAACCCCAAAGUCCUGCCCUGCCUGCACACCUUCUGCGAACGGUGCUUACAGAACUACAUCCCACCCCAGUCGCUGACCCUGUCCUGCCCGGUGUGCCGACAGACCUCCAUCCUGCCCGAAAAGGGUGUGGCAGCGUUGCAGAACAACUUCUUUAUCACUAAUCUGAUGGAGGUGCUGCAGAGAGACCCAGAGUGCUCCCGUCCCGAGGCCUGCAGCGUGCUGGAGUCGGUCAGUGCCGCGGCCGCUGGGAAACCGCUCUCCUGCCCAAACCAUGAGGGCAAGGUGAUGGAGUUUUACUGCGAGUCGUGUGAAACGGCCAUGUGUUUGGACUGCACGGAGGGUGAGCACCGAGAGCAUGUGACCGUCCCACUGAGAGACGUUCUGGAACAACACAAAGCAGCACUGAAGAACCAGCUAGACGCCAUCCGCAACAGGCUGCCUCAGCUCACAGUAGCUAUUGAGCUGGUGAACGAAAUUUCCAGGCAGCUAACAGAGCGAAAGAACGAAGCGGUGAAUGAGAUCAGUGGUACGUUUGAGGAGCUGGAGCGAGUGCUGCACCAGCGCAAGGCGGCCCUCAUCGCCGACCUGGAAAACAUCUGCAGCGCCAAGCAGAAGGUGCUGCAGACGCAGUUGUCGUCGCUGCAGCAGGGCAAAGAGAACAUCCAGAGCAGCUGCAGCUUCACGGAGCAGGCCCUGAACCACGGCAGCGCCACCGAGGUGCUGCUGGUGCAGAAGCAGAUGAGCGAACGGGUCAGCGCUCUCGCCCGCCAUGACUUCCCUGAGCACCCGCACGAGAACGCCCACCUGGAGUGCCAGGUGGAAACGGAGGGGCUGCGACGCUCCAUCCAGAACCUGGGUGUGCUGCUGACCACCAGCGCGGUGGGACACACCAGCGUGGCCACCGGAGAGGGACUGAGGCACGCUGUCGUCGGCCAGCACAUCACCAUCACGGUCACCACCAAGGACAAAGACGGAGAACUAGUGAGGACCGGAAACGCGGCUUUAAAAGUGGAGAUAUCGGGGCAGGACGGUGGGCGGGCAACUGACAUAGAGGUGGUGGACAAUAAGAACGGCACAUACGAGGUGGGCUACACACUGCGGGGUGAGGGUGAAUACUCCGUCUCUCUUCUGCUGUACGGACAGCCCAUCCGGGGAAGCCCCUUCAGGCUGCGGGCCGUCAAACCCUGCGACGUGCCCCAGUCUCCAGAUGACGUGAAGAGGAGGGUGAAGUCGCCCAGCGGGACCGGAGGCCACAUCAGACAGAAAGCUGUGCGUAGACCCUCCAGCAUGUACAGCACCACGAAGAAGAAAGAGAACCCUAUUGAGGAUGAACUCAUCUACAGAGUUGGCACAAGAGGCAGGGAGAAGGGCGAGUUCACUAAUCUCCAAGGCAUCUCCACCUCCAACAAUGGCAGAGUAGUAGUGGCAGACAGCAACAACCAGUGUAUACAGGUGUUCACUAAUGAUGGCCAGUUCAAGCUGAGGUUCGGAGUGCGGGGCCGCUCUCCAGGGCAGCUGCAGAGGCCUACAGGAGUAACUGUAGACAUGAACGGAGACAUCAUAGUGGCUGACUAUGACAACCGAUGGAUAAGCAUCUUCUCCUCAGAUGGGAAGUUUAAGAACAAGAUUGGAGCUGGGAGGCUGAUGGGACCGAAGGGUGUGGCUGUGGAUCGGAACGGUCACAUCAUCGCAGUGGACAACAAAGCCUGCUGCGUCUUCAUCUUCCAGUCAAACGGAAAGCUGGUCACCAAGUUCGGGGCCAGGGGCACCUCGGACAGACAGUUUGCAGAAAAAAGUGGUGCAAACUUUGCACUGGAGCAAAAGCUUAGUAAAUCUGGCCCCGGGUUCAGUCCGCACUUUGUAGCUGUUAACAACAAGAACGAGAUCAUAGUGACAGACUUCCACAAUCACUCCGUUAAAGUGUUCAGUGCGGAUGGAGAGUUCCUCUUUAAGUUCGGUUCUCAUGGUGAAGGAAAUGGGCAGUUUAAUGCUCCGACAGGAGUGGCUGUGGAUGCUAAUGGCAACAUCAUUGUAGCAGAUUGGGGCAACAGCAGGAUACAGGUGUUCGAUAGCUCAGGCUCCUUCCUGUCCUACAUCAACACCAGCGCUGACCCGCUGUACGGGCCGCAGGGGCUGGCCCUCACCUCCGACGGCCACGUGGUGGUGGCUGACUCUGGGAACCACUGCUUCAAAGUCUACCGUUACCUGCAGUAGCACUGAGACCGGCCCGCGGAAGCCGUCACCGGGUGCCACCGUCUCUCCUGCUUUCCCUCUCCCGACCCUGUUUUGCACAUUCAGUUCGGCUCAGAUCCUCAACCAAACCCGCAGAGGACGGAACGGAAAGCACGAGAGCACUGUUUCUUUCACCGUCUACUGAUACUGUGCCCCCCUUUUUCCCCAAAGAGAGAAAUUCACUGUUGUUAUUUGUGGUAGUGAACCAGACCUUAUGAUUGUUUAAGGGGGGGGGCGCAGGUCAUCAUAUCAAAAAGCACAGAUGUUUUACAGUAAUCACUAACCUCUAACUCAAGAGGUCAACUGUAAGUUGUAAAUUUCACAAGCGAUAAUGUUUUCUCGUUUUGAAAUCCAGUGUCUUAACCUCGCUGAGCAGUCACAGUUUCUUAGGUCAGUAUGGGCUUAGAACAAAAGCCUGGAUACCAGCUUCUUCGCUUCACUCUCCUUCAGAACGGAGUCAUACUGUCUGUCCUUCGACAGCAACACGAGUUGUGGGUUUUAUGGGUGUGUAUUUGUAUCUAUACGCAUAGACGUGUACUUGUAAAUAUGCAUAUGUGUGUAUAUAUAUAUAUAUAUAUAUAUAUAUAUGAGAAUAUAUAUGUAUAUGUAAUCUGUAAAUGUAUUGCUUUGGCUUCUUCUCGGCAUAUAUAUAUAUAUAUAUAUAUGCUGACGUCUGUUCUCCACCGAUCCGGCGUAACUUUCAGCUGUACACAGCUAGUGCUUACAGUACAUCUGGGUACCUGCGACGUACUGCUGCAUUCCCAGCCGACGUCACGGCACACCUGUGCUCUUUUUAAAAAGCUCAAAAUGUGGAUUGAAAAUGUGUUUUAUUUUUUUUCCCCAAAUUUUUAUUUUUCUAAUUUGUCAGGCUAUUUUCUGUGUGGAGAAAAAAUAACCUGUGGCUAAACAGAGGAAAAAGGAAAAAA